AAAAAAAUUUCUCUCUUUUAUAUUUCUUCAUUGUAGGAUAUUUUCCCCUCUCCACUCUCAAAAGUCUUAAUUUUAACACACAAAAUGGAGACUAGUGUCACAUGUUGUGCAAGAGCUACAUCUCUUCUCCCAAAUGUUUCUUCUCAACAAUAUUCAACUUCACUAGCAACUUCAAGAUCCAUUUCCCCUUCAUUCAACUCAAGGAGUCUGAAAUCAAGCUCAUUAUUUGGGGAAUCAUUGCGCGUUGCGCCUAAAUCAUCACAUAAGGAGUCUAGGACAAAAAAUUCUUCCUUGGUGACAAAAUGUGAGAUUGGUGAUAGCUUGGAAGAAUUUCUUUCAAAAUCAACCUCAGAUAAGGGGUUAAUCAGGUUAAUGAUGUGUAUGGGAGAAGCAUUGAGAACAAUUGCCUUCAAAGUCAGAACAGCUUCUUGUGGAGGAACUGCUUGUGUCAAUUCUUUUGGUGAUGAACAGCUUGCUGUCGAUAUGCUUGCCGAUAAGCUUCUCUUUGAGGCCUUGACAUAUUCACACUUUUGCAAAUAUGCUUGUUCUGAGGAAGUUCCUGAGCUCCAAGACAUGGGGGGCCCUGCUGAAGGAGGAUUUAGUGUUGCUUUUGAUCCACUUGAUGGUUCCAGUAUCGUGGACACGAACUUCACAGUUGGAACCAUCUUUGGUGUAUGGCCCGGGGAUAAGUUAACCGGGAUCACAGGAAGAGAGCAAGUUGCAGCAGCUAUGGGGAUAUUUGGACCACGAACUACAUAUGUUCUUGCUCUUAAAGAUGCUCCUGGGACCCAUGAAUUCCUCCUCCUUGAUGAAGGAAAAUGGCAACAUGUUAAGGAUACAACAGAAAUCGGAGAAGGAAAAAUGUUCUCCCCUGGAAAUUUGAGAGCUACAUUUGACAAUCCUGAUUACGCCAAGCUGAUCGAUUACUAUGUGAAGGAGAAAUACACCUUGAGAUACACCGGAGGAAUGGUGCCUGAUGUAAACCAGAUCAUUGUAAAGGAGAAAGGUAUAUUCACAAAUGUGACAUCUCCAACAGCCAAGGCGAAACUUAGAUUGCUCUUUGAAGUGGCACCAUUAGGAUUCUUGAUCGAAAAAGCUGGAGGUUACAGCAGCGAUGGGAAACAAUCCGUCCUUGACAAAGUGAUCGUUAAUCUUGAUGACCGGACUCAAGUUGCUUAUGGUUCCAAGAAUGAGAUUAUCCGAUUUGAGGAAACACUCUACGGAUCAUCAAGGCUUAAGGCUGGUGCACCAGUUGGUGCUGCUGUUUGAGGCUUGAGAAUGCAGCAAUCAUAAUGUUUGUUUGUUUUUUUCGCGCUUUCUUUCUAGAGCAUCGCGAAAAUGCUGUUCCAUCAGGUUAUAAAAGGGAGAUAGGUUAAAGACAAGAAGGUCUUGUUAAGAAAUGGGAAUUGGAACAUUUUUU